AUGGCGCUGCUGCUGCUGCUCCUGGCGACCGCCGCCCCGCACGCCCUGGCCAAGGCCGUGCCGCUCAGCAGCAGUGUGAUGAUCUUCAGCAACGAAGACUUUGACACCCGCUGCCCCCAGCUUCUGCAGGCUGCAGCCACUCAUGGCAGCAACUCGGUCAACAUCGUGCCCACGUUCUAUUGGAUUGACGACCGCUUCCGGGAGCUGCCUCGGACGUGCAACCCUGACGGCUGGGCCGCCAGCAGCAAAGUGGACUCCUACUGCUACUAUCAGGCGGGCAAAGAGGGCUGCCAGCCUUGGACCAAGAAGGCAGUCGCCGAGGCCACGCGCGGCUUUGCGUCCUGCCUGACCCUGGCCUUUGACCUGUUUGACGAGGUCCUGAUCUCGCCCCACCUGGAUGAUGGCACGCGGACCAGCCACUGGCGCAACAUGCUGAUCUUUGACCCCCUGUCUCCUGACGUGAACGGCUUCAGCUACUAUGACAUCAUGAUCCGCCCCAUCACCAGGGCCGCCACGUCAGCGUUGUCGCAGAAACGGGCGGGGCACAAGGCGAAGACCUUCUGGUUCGCCAUGCAGGGCGAGAUGGGCGGCACCGUGUUCCACCACCCCCAGAGCUACAUCACCAUCGCUAGCAUGAUCCGCGCUGACCUCAAGCGCGUCUCCGCGACUGUCCUCGUCGGCGUGCUGCUCAACCACGCCUACCUGCCGGGCGUCGUGAACCGCGGCCCCGACGCGCCACCGUUCCCGCUGCCGGGCACGCCGCUCGCGCCGCUGUCGGGCGGGUGGGGGCCGCUGCUGCCGUUUGACGAGUGGCCGGGAUCGGCGCGGAUCGCAGCUGGACUGCCGGCGGCGCGGGUGCUGCUGCGCAGCGUUGUUGACUUCAUGGGCAUCUCCAACUACAACCGCGCCCCGGCUGACGUCACCGUCGACGACAUGGAGAACGCGGUGGCAAAGUACGACGCUGAGCUGGCGGCCAUGGGCAUCAACUUCCUGGAUGUUUUGAAGUCGGGCAAAAAGUUCAUCUACAACGAGGUGGCUAUCGGCGGCGGCGUCAGCGAGUGCGGCAACGUCAGCGCAACCGAGCCGUGGCAGGUGGGGCGGUACCCCUGGAUGGGCAUAUUCAGCGGGUACAAAAAGGCGCUGGACCCCUUCAAGACGUUCAUGCCGUCGGACGCAGACGUGCCUGCCCGCAGCUACAUGCGCAGCUGGUACUCGUCACUACUGAAGGUGCUUGCCCAGGGCGGAGUCAAGUACCCAGUGUCGGGUUCCUACAUAUGGAACUGCGCCUCAUGGGACGUGCAGGGCAUCUUUACGCGCAGCGGCGAGGGCAGCUACGCGGACCCGCUCACCGUCGACCGCAUCCAGAAGCACAACGCCGCCGCCGCCGCCGAGGCCAAGCGCGGCGCGUGA